AUGGCUGCCCGCAGUAACUCAGUCGCCAGUCAGAGCGCCAACAUCCAGCAGCGUGCCUCGCAAAUAGCUGGACAGGUCGCUGCUGAACAAGGAUGGCUUGAAAGCAAGCUGAAGCCGAAGAAGAUCACGGCCAGGUACCCUAUCAAGGGCAAGACAUUGUUGUUCGCAACAUGUGGCUUUGGCAGUCUCGGUGAUGCCUUGUUUGGUUACAACUCAGGUAUCAUGUCUGGCCUACUGGUUAACCCAGUAUUCGUCAGGCGUUUCUUCAGCGAGUACGGUGGCGCAGAUGGUAGCACAGCAGCCGUGAAUCCAUCCAUCACAGGAAUCUCCGUUGCUUGCCUACAAGCCUCUGCCGCUGUCGGUGCUCUCAUCGCCGGACGUCUCGGAGACAUGAUCGGUCGCAAGCGCACUGUCCGUCUCGGUGGUCUCAUCUACUUCCUUUCAGCUUUCAUCCAGAUCUUCGCUCCAGGCUUCGCAACUUUCGUCGUCGGACGUACGAUCCAGGGCUUCGGAGUCGGCUUCCUAUCCAUGACAGUUCCUAUCAUCCAAACCGAGAUUGCAGCACCCCAUGCUCGAGGCCUCAUGGUCGGCAUCGAGUAUACUUGCCUGAUUGCAGGGUACAUGUUAUCUUGCUGGGUCGACUACGGCUUCCACUUUAUGCUUCCGGACGCGCUAUCUUGGCAAGGCCCCUUCAUCAUCCAGAUCAUCCUCUCGUUCAUCUUGGUGGUCAUGUCAUUCUUCCUGCCGGAAACUCCAAGAUGGCUGGCCAACAACGGCUUCAUGCAAGAAAGCCUUCAAACAGUCGCAGACCUGCACUCGAGCGGCGAUACCGACGCACCGCAUGUGCAAAAGGUCUUCCUCGAGAUCCAAGAGGCCGUCGUUUACGAAGCUGAGCUCGGCAAAGCUGGUUGGAUGGAAAUGUUCACCCGCUACCGCAAGCGCACAAUCGUCGGCGUUACAGUGCAGAUGUUCGCCCAGCUCAACGGCAUAAACAUCAUAUCCUUCUACCUCCCCUCCACCCUCUCCAGCGCCGGCUUCUCAGACGAGAAAUCCCUUCUCUACACCGCCGCGAACGCACUCCCUUACACCGCAGCCACUGUCGCAACCUGGUGGCUAGCCGAUCGUUGGGGACGCAAGCCUCUCCUCAUCCUCGGCGGUGUGCUGAUGGCAGCCCUUCUCGGCAUCGUCUGUGCCUUCACAGAAGCCUCCAUGCCUAUCAUGACACGCGCAAACGGACAAUUCGCUUUCAUCAUGCUGUACAACAUCGUCUACGGUUUCACCUGGGGUCCAAUGCCAUGGUUGUUACCUGCGGAGAUCUUCCCGCUCCGCAGCCGCAGUAAGGGCAUGGCGCUUGCGACGACGUCAAACUGGGUCUUCAACUUCAUCAUCGGCAUGGUUUCGCCGGACGCUUUUGCGGGAAUCGGUGGGUACUUUUACCUUGUCAUCGCAGGGUUCUGUCUCUUCUCCGCGGGCCUGGCGCACUUCUACUAUGUUGAGACGGCGAAUCAUUCGCUUGAGGAGAUUGCGAUUGCAUUCGGAGAUAGGGCUUUUGCUGAUGGGGAUGGUGAGGUUAUGGAAAGUGUCAAGGCUCAUGAUGAGAAGAUGCAUAAUGAUAAGGUAUGA